CCCUUAGUGCUCUCUCUCUCUUCCUCCAUGAGCUCUCCUCCCCCUCCUCGAUUUUCUUUCCAUUUUUUUUUUCUUUUGAUUCUUGACUGAUAAAUAAACAUCGCAGAGGCUGCAGACAAGUCUAUUCCCAAUCCGAGCUGCUUCCUUCUUCUUCUUUCUUCUUCCUCUUCUUCUUCUUCUUCGUCGUCUUCGUUCGUUUCUCGCUGUUCUACUGUGAGGGGAGAGGUAAGUUUCUUUGCAGGGGUUUAAUACCCUCCUUUUAACUCCAAUAUUCCGUUUUCUUUGCUUUGAUGCUUUGAUGCCCCUUCGUUUCUCCGUUCCAUGGUUGAUUCCUCCCCUUUUCCUAUCCAUAAAUACUUAGCGUCACACUAUUUCUCUGUCUUUCUAUAUUCUCUCUCUUGCUUUCUUGCUCUCUGUAUAUUUAUUCCAUUUAAAUACGCAUCUAUCCGCUGGCCACAUGCGUGCAUAGUGAGUUAUGCUGGGUGUCACAGAUCAGGGUCAUCCGCUGUUCCAUUUCUUCUGUGAGGGUUUCGUGGAACCCUAUCCAGUGUUGUUCUUUCGGUGUCGUGGAGGAAGAGCUGGUCCUUUUUCUUGACUUUUUUUUUGGAGCAAACACUGUAAUGGCCGGAAUUGAUCCGUUGAAGUACGCCCACAGUCCUGUCCACAAGGCAGUGCUUGCUCGGGAUUAUUCCGGACUGAAGCGUAUAUUGGCGAGUCUUCCGAGGUUACUUGACCCCUUGGAGAUCAAAACGGAGGCAGCUUCACUUGCUGAGGAGGAGAAAGCUGAUGCGGUCUCUGCUGUGAUUGACAACCGUGAUGUCCCUAACAGGGAGACUCCUCUGCACCUUGCCGUUAAGCUGGGAGAUGCCACUGCGACGGAGAUGCUCAUGGUUGCCGGUGCCGACUGGAGCUUGCAGAAUGAGCAGGGAUGGAGUGCUCUUCAGGAAGCAAUUUGUGCUCGGGAGGAGAACCUUGCCAAGAUCAUCAUCAGACACUAUCAGCCUCUUGCUUGGGCCAAGUGGUGCAGGAGGCUUCCACGGGUUGUCAGUACUAUGAAGAGGAUGAGGGAUUUCUACAUGGAGAUCACGUUCCAUUUUGAGAGCUCGGUGAUCCCAUUCAUUUCUAGAAUUGCUCCUUCUGAUACUUACAAGAUUUGGAAGAGAGGGUCCAAUUUGCGCGCAGAUAUGACUCUUGCGGGGUUUGAUGGCUUCAGAAUACAGAGGUCGGAUCAGAGCAUAUUGUUUCUUGGCGAUGGAUCAGAAGAUGGGAAGGUGCCGCCAGGGUCACUUUGCAUGAUUUCUCACAAGGAGAAGGAAGUGAUGAAUGCUUUGGAGGGAGCGGGUUCUCCUGCUACUGAGGCAGAGGUCCAGCAAGAGGUUGUAGCAAUGUCCCAAACAAAUAUUUUCCGUCCAGGAAUUGAUGUAACGCAAGCAGUGUUGCUUCCCCAGCUCACAUGGAGGAGGCAGGAGAAGACCGAGAUGGUUGGCCCAUGGAAAGCCAAGGUGUAUGAUAUGCAUAAUGUGGUUGUGAGUGUGAAGUCCCGGCGGGUCCCCGGUGCCAUGACUGAUGAGGAGUUCUUCACUUCUUGUAAUGAAAAUGACACCGAGAGUGAAGAUUAUGAGGAUAUUUUAACAGAAGAAGAAAGGAAGCAGUUGGAAACUGCACUUAAAAUUGAAUCACCAAGUGUGAUAGAUGAUGGUUUUUCUGAUGGGUUUUCUGGGCACAGGCACAGCUGCUUUGAACAAAGAGAGAUUCCAAUUGAGGAUAUAAGUAGUUGCGGUAAUGGUGACAAAAUUGAAAAGAAAGGUUGGCUUGGUAAUUGGGGAAAACGGAGUCAUUAUCAAAAGCAAGACGAGCAGAAGAAGAUUGUUCCACCGAGAAGCUCCCUUUGUGUAGAUGAGAAAGUUAAUUCUCUUCUUCAUGAUUCUCCAUCCAGGCAAGAGAGCAGGCCAGGAAGGCAUUCAGUAGAGGUUGCCAGUAUGGGUGAGGAUAUCAAGAAAGGUAGGGAUAAAGAUUCAAAAAAACCUGCUUCAAGUUCAGAGAGUGGACAUUGGCGAAAGGAAAGUAGUCGGGAGAGUGAGUAUAAGAAAGGCUUGAGGCCCAUUCUCUGGCUUUCUCCGAGCUUUCCACUUCGGUCGGAGGAGCUUCUCCCUCUUCUUGAUAUUCUUGCAAACAAAGUUAAGGCUAUUCGCCGCCUCAGGGACUUGCUUACAACAAAGCUCCCUCCUGGGACAUUUCCGGUGAAGGUUGCCAUUCCGGUGAUCCCUACCAUCAGAGUUCUGGUAACAUUCACAAAGUUUGAAGAAAUACAACCAGCCGAAGAGUUCUCGACACCGCCAUCAAGCCCCGGAAGCAAGAGCCCCUCCACCCUCGCACAGCCCUCGACAUCUUGGCUUCAAUGGUUGAAGGGUCCGUACCGUCAAAACUACUCGAUGUCAUUGAUGCCUUUGGGAUCGAGCAAUCGCGUCGAAGACAUGCAGGAUCCAUUCUUGAUACCACCAGACUACGCUUGGACUACUCCAGAGGAGAAGAAGAAGAAGAUGCAGGAAAACAAGAAGUCCAAAAAAGGGAAGAAGAGCUCCCAAUCAGUUAGAUCUCUCUAGCCAGGGAUUCUUUCAAAGCUACAGGUUAGUGUGUAUUUAUUCUCAUGAAGGUUGGAAGAUUUGAAUCAAUCUCAAUGGCGCUCUCAUUGUUUUUUAUACGAAUUGGGCUAACUCUACUCCUGCAGAUGAUAAAUUGUAAAAUUUCAGAAUUUAGUCUGAAUCAUUGAUGUGUUAGGAUUUGUAUUGAGACUUCUUUCUCAUCUGUUGGAAUAUCUUCUUGCCUCUAAUGCUUGAGGCUUUCAGAGUUAAAAGGCAGACAAUUUAUGUAGAUAUAAUACUAUUUAGCUUCUGAUGCCUCCACUUUCAAGUUCAUCACCAUGUGAUUUUGUCU